AUGGUUCCUAAUACUAAUGUUGAUUGUGUUAGUAUUGGUGAUCAAGGUAAAUUGCCAUCGGAUAUUGUUGAAUUAAGUAAAGGUAAACCCGAUUUUGAUUGGGAUUCAUAUUAUGAUCGGUCAAUUGUCCUGCAGAAAUUAAAGACUACCAACUCUUUUUGUGACAUUAUAUUAAUUUCCUCUGAUGGUAAAGAGUUUCCAGUCCAUUUUGCCGUCAUGUCCGCUCUUAGUGGUAAAUUAAGUGAUUUGAUUUACCAACAAAUUAAUGAUCCAAACAAUAAGUCAAUUAAUGAUGAUCCAAAACCUUCAACCAGUAAAGGUGAAACUGGUAAUGAUAUUGGUGAAUCUUGUUCGCAAUGUAGUUCAAUUAAACGGGUUCAUUUGUCCGAUAUUCCUGGUUCCGUGUUAGCGGUUCUAGUUGAUUGUGCUUAUAAAGGAGCCUUUAGUAUACCUUAUAGUCGAGUUUGGUUAAUUCUGGAAACUGCUGAGAAAUUUGAGAUGAAUGAGAUAAUUGUCGCUUGUUGUAAUUAUUUGGUUAAUCAUUUGACUCGAGAAAAUUGUAUCUCUCUCCUCUAUUUGGGUGUUAAACAUAAUCAUCGACUUCGAUCUGCUGCUUGGUCAAUGAUUAAACGGGAAUUUGCUUGGUUAAUUCCUUCAUCGCCUAAUUUUGCUUCAUUAAAAUUAGAUCAUCUUGAAAGUUUAUUGGAUGAUGAUGAGCUUGAUAUUGAAUCGGAGGAACUAAUUUGGGAUGCAAUUAAGCGUUGGAUUAAUGAACAACCUUCAUCAAGUUCAGCUUCUUCCUCCCCUGGGUCACUUGUCAACAGAUUAAUUCGUUACCUUCGACAUGGUCGAGUAACCCAAUCAUUUUUAACCAACAAAUUGGCUAAAGAUCCGUUAAUUUUGACCGAUAUUUCCCUCAGUAAAUUGGUCUCUGCGAUGAUUAAACAAAAUCGUCAUGAAUUCGGUAAAAAACCAUUAGAUGGCCAUGGUCUCCCUGUCGGUUUAACUCCUCGACACAUUCGACCUCGAAUCCCUGGAUCAAUUAUCUUCGCUAUCGGUGGCUGGCAAGAAGGUGUUCCAACAACCUUGAUCGAAACAUAUGAUCGAGUGACCAAUAAAUGGUUUGAAUGUAAAAUUGGUCAAAAAGUUCCAAGAGCUUAUCAUGGUAUCGAAGUUAUCUCUGGAAUAAUUUAUCUUAUCGGUGGAACCAAUGGAAGUGUCUUGAAUACGGUUAAUUGUUUCGAUCCAUUAACUGGUAAGUGGUUUCAACGGUCAAACAUGUACGAGCAACGUUGCUAUGUUUCAACCGCGGUUCUUGGUGGGUUUUUGUAUGCAAUGGGAGGUCAUAAUGGUUUACACCGAAUACGUUCAGUUGAAAGAUAUGAUCCGGUUCACAAUCAAUGGACUCAAAUUGCUGAGAUGAAUUUAGCAAGAUCAGAUGGAUGUGCUGCUAUUCAUGAAGGUAAAAUUUACAUUGCCGGAGGUUUAAAUGAUCAGGUGAUUGAGAAUUCAGUUGAAGUAUAUGAUCCGGCCAUCCAAAAGUGGACACUAAUUCAACCGAUGAGUUCACCAAGAACUAGUUUAUCUUUGGUCUCUUACCAGGGCUCAUUAUAUGCUCUUGGUGGUAAUAAUGGAUUCGAAAGAUUACCAACCGUGGAAAGAUAUGAUUUUGACCUGAAGUGUUGGGUCGCUGCUCCAAACAUGAGAUCACAAAGAAGCACAUUCUCGGCUUGUGUACUUGGUGACAAUAUUUAUGCUGUCGGUGGUUACAAUGGACAAACACCAAUAAAUAAAGUGGAAAAAUUUGAUUCGGUAACUGGUGAAUGGGUUGGAAUUAAGAAUUUAAAAUUUGACCGAAGUGGUUUGUCCAUUUGUGUCCUUAAGGGUUUGACCAACGGUAAAAAUUUCACUUUCCUUGGACAAGCAAAUAAAUUCUGGUUCCAAAGUAAACUUUAAACAGCCACAUGUUAAAUUAAAAGUUAAUCAACAAUCAAAUCAGUCAAUUUACAUGAUUAAAGAGAAAUAAAAAUUAUUUUCUCUAAAUUGUGACCAAAACAAUUUUGGAAUUAAAUUAAAUUCGAUAAGUUGAAUUUACUUUUCUCCUUACAAUUAUACCAACCUUACAAUAAGAAAAACUCCCAAAACCUAAAAUUUCAACAAAUUUUCUCCUAAAUAUAUUCAAUACAUAAGCUAAUUAAAUAAUUAAUAAACUCGAUAAU